GUGCUCGAAACGGUAAUGGAGAUUGCUGAGAUGGAGGGGUGGAGAGUGAUGUGUCCGUUACGGUUGCUAAGGUGGAUGGGGAACAAAUUGUUGGAGGACAAAUUGGUCCUUAAUGACCAAAACGACGCCGUAUGCAUCCCCACUUUCAUGCCUAUCAUCCCAGACCUCUUCUUCUUCAUCUUCUUCCUAGUUUCAUCGCGCCAUUUCUUCCUCUCUCUCGCGUCCUACACCAUCACCUUCCUCCCCGGCGAUGGCAUCGGCCCCGAAGUCAUUUCCGUCGCAAAAGACGUUCUUGUUCUCGCCGGCACCUUCAAAGGAAUCACAUACGAGUUCCAAGAGAUGCUUCUAGGAGGCGCUGCAUUGGACGCCACCGGAGUCCCCAUGCCCGACGAGACCCUUGCUGUUUCGAAGCAAUCCGAUGCUGUUCUUCUUGGUGCCAUUGGAGGCUAUAAAUGGGAUAAAAACGAGAAACAUCUGAAGUCAGAGACUGGGUUGCUUCAGCUCCGAUCUGGCCUUCAAAUUUUUACAAAUCUCAGACUAGCCACUGUCUUCCCACAGUUAGUGGAUGCUUCAACCCUUAAGAAAGAGGUUGCUGAAGGUGUUGAUCUCAUGGUUGUGAGGGAACUCACUAGCGAAAUGCCAAAAGCCAAUAAUCAGAGUAAAGAAAAGACAUCUCCUACCAACCCCAGCAAAGGUCACACGCCACUUUUACCAUAUGCAAUAAAGGCCAUUCUUUUGGCUUCUUUGAACCAUGGGAUGAAAGGAUUGUGGAGUGAGAGGUCUGUGAGACGAGAGAGGAAGAAAGGGCGCGAUGAAACUGCCAUGGAACAAGAAGAUGAAGAAGAAAAGGUCUGGGAUGAUGGGCAUGAAAGUGUGGAUGCAUACGGUGUCGUUUUGGUCAUUAAGGACCAAUUCAUUCUCCAACAAUUUGUUCCCCAUCCACUUCAGCAAUCGUAA